GUCUACCACAAGACUGCAAGGGAUCCGGAAUUCGACCCACCAUACAUCUCAAUUGAGCGUCUAGUAUCAGAGCGAAAUGGCUGUCAAUGUCGAAGAUGCGCUACAGUAUUCUAUGACCGGCAUCUGUACCUUGGCUGUGAUCGAGAAUCUCAUUGCAAUUGCAGUGUUUGCUGGGACCCAAAAGCUCCGCAUCAAGUACUACACUUUUGUGGUCAACCUGGCGCUGGCUGACUUGAUCUUCGCCCUUUUUACAAUACCAUAUCCCUGGCGCCCAAAACCAAAAAUUCUUCAAGGUUUUUUCACCGGAGCGUACACCGUAUCCCUACUGACUUUUCCGGCCGUCGCUGUCAAUCGUUAUCUGGCCCUGUCCCUUAUGCCACCGGCUCGCUACGAUUCACUGGUGACUGGGCGUCGAAUGAUCGGAGUUUGUAUCCUUUUCUGGUGUUUGAGUUUCGUGUAUGGCUUAGUGAUUUAUAACGCUGUCCCAAAAGACGUUUAUUACCUGGUUAAUUUCCUUGGAUACUCACUGGCAGGGUGUGUCGUGUUGGCUAUCACCGCUCUUGUUUAUUUCCUGGUUUUCCGUAAGAUCAAACAGUAUACUCCACCUCUUGCAUCCGCGGCGGGCAUCAGUGCCAACGAGGAGCGAGAUCGAACCCGAGUCAAGCAGACUCGUCGUUUACUGGUCAUGUUUGUUCUCAUUCUGGUGGUGGCAUUCAUUACUUGGUUUCCCUGUUUCGUGCUAAGGAUGAUUGCAAUCUUAAAUCCAUCUCUUGGGCUUGAUGAGAUCUUCCAGAUGUGGAUUUGGGUGUCUUACUUGCUGUACACCCUCUCUCCAGUGAUCAAUCCGUGGAUAUACUGGUGGCAACUGGAUGGUUUCAGAGAGGGGUUUUAUGCCAUGUUCUGUCGCUGUAUCAUUAAGGCUGAACCUAGCGAAAUUGAAGCUGACCUGAAAACAGUUGCUGAGACUGGUUUGUAAAAGUAGAAGUUCAUUAUCUCGGGAGGAAUUUCCAUAUUUUAGAGCAAGUCGAAAUUCGAGACAACUUCCAGUUACAGCAAAAGAGCAACCUCUUUCUAUUAUGAUUUUUUUCGUCCGUAAAUCCACAACUUUUGUUUUUCACUAAAUUUCGAAAAGGUCAAAACUAAAUUGAUUCCCACGAAAUUAAAGUAUAAUAAUGGUAAUUUCCCUCAGAAUCUGCACUAGAAACCAGAGUUUUUUGUUAUUUUGUAUCGAAGUGUAAUACACAAUUUUCUUGAUAAUGGAUGUCUUUUUAUAAACAAACUCUGUUAAUAUCAUUUUAAUUGUC